CGCAUCAGUUUAAUCCUGAGCGCUCUGCGGCGGUGCCUGCGGGUCAGGGGCGGAGGAUCCAUUCAUAUCCGCUGUAGAGGAAAGUGCCCCACUUCACAGCUGUUUUCUCGUCGAGUCUGGUUGGCUGGACGCUCCACGUUCAGCAUAACGUAAUCCACUUUCCCGUAAAGGCAUGCAGAGCCCAGUUUAACCAAUGCACAUGGAAGGUUUCUUGCCCUGCGCUGCUUUCGAGACAUUUUGAUCAGUUCUCCUGACCCUCCACGGCAGGUUUCUGCAGUGUUCAGGAGUUUGUCGCAUAUUAUCCUACAAUGAAAGUGAACCCGGUUCUUCUCAUUUGGGCAUGUGCCGUGGUGCAGGAAUGGACUUUAUGCCUUGGUGAAGAGGAAAACUCAGUAAAGGCUAAAAAUGUGAAUCCUUGUUGCUACUACCCUUGUCAACACUGGGGCAUUUGUGUGAGAUAUGGGCUGGAUAGUUACGAAUGUGACUGCACUAGAACAGGAUAUUAUGGAAAAAAUUGCACUAUUCCUGAGUUAUGGACCAGAGUCUGUGAGUUCUUGAGACCCAGCCCUGAUUUUGCCCACUACAUCCUCACCCACUUCCACUGGUUGUGGGACAUCAUCAAUAAAACAUUCCUGAGGGACAUGCUUAUGCGCGUGGUUCUGACAGUACGCUCCAACCUAAUUCCCAGCCCUCCCACCUACAACUCCAAAUAUGAUUACUUGAACUGGGAGACAUAUUCCAAUAACACCUACUACACUCGAAUCCUGCCACCAGUGCCACUGGACUGUCCGACACCUAUGGGGACUAAAGGGAAAAUGGAGCUUCCAGACCCCAAGCUGGUGGUGGAAAAGUUCAUGUUGAGGCGGAAAUUCAGGCCAGACCCCCAGGGAACAAAUCUGAUGUUUGCCUUUUUCGCUCAGCAUUUCACCCACCAGUUCUUCAAGACACACAAUCGCGUGGGGCUGGGCUUCACAAAAGCUCUCAGCCAUGGGGUGGAUGCUGGACAUAUCUAUGGAGAUAACCUUGCACGACAGCUAGAUCUUAGACUUCAUAAAGAUGGGAAGCUGAAGUACCAGAUCAUAAAGGGAGAGAUGUACCCACCUAGAGUGGCAGAGGCAAACGUGAGCAUGAAUUACCCUCAGUCAGUCCCUCCAGAAGAGCAGCUGGCCAUUGGCCAGGAGGUGUUUGGCCUGCUGCCAGGAUUAAGUAUGUACGCCACCUUGUGGCUGCGCGAGCACAACCGGGUUUGUGACAUCCUGAAGAAAGAGCACCCUACCUGGGGAGACGAGCAACUGUUUCAGACAACCAGACUUAUUAUUAUAGGUGAGACUAUUCGGAUUGUGAUUGAAGACUACGUGCAGCACCUGAGCGGCUACCAUCUGAGGCUGAAAUUUGACCCAUCCCUACUGUUCCGAGUACAGUUCCAGUACCAGAAUCGCAUUGCUGUGGAGUUCAACCAGCUCUACCACUGGCACCCACUCAUGCCCGACAGCUUCUUUAUUGACGGAGCAGAGAUCCCCUACUCUCAGUUCAUCUUCAACACCUCUAUCCUUACGCAUUAUGGAGUGGAGAAACUGGUCCAUGCUUUCUCAACCCAACAAGCCGGGCAGAUUGGAGGUGGUCAUAAUAUCCCCCAGGUGGUGGCCAGAGUAGCUGAAGGAGUUAUUAAAGAAUCUAGAGAACUUCGACUAAGGCCAUUCAAUGAGUAUCGGAAAAGAUUCAACCUGAAGCCGUAUACAUCGUUCUCCGAAUUUACAGGUGAGAAAGAAAUUGCACGCGAGUUGGAGGAGCUCUACGGAGACAUUGACGCUCUAGAGUUCUAUCCAGCUCUGUUGCUGGAGAAAACCCGGUCUGGCAACAUAUUUGGAGAGAGCAUGGUGGAAAUGGGAGCACCAUUUUCUCUGAAAGGCCUUUUGGGAAAUCCCAUAUGUUCACCAGAGUAUUGGAAGCCCAGUACAUUUGGGGGUCAAACGGGUUUUGGCAUAGUCAACUCGGCAACACUGCAGAGCCUGGUUUGCCUCAAUACUAAAUGGUGUCCAUACGUGUCGUUCCAUGUUCCUCCAUCAGGCUCUCAUCAACAAGAAAGUGGACCUCAUUCUGAAUUGUAACCAAAAUGAAGAACAAGAGGUUCUACACCAGAUAGAACUGUGAUGUUAGAACUAUACUGUCAGGAUUGCUGUCAGACUUCACCAAAUGUUUGUUUACAUAUUCUGCAGACAUAAUUAAUUGAUCUAAUAAUGUAGUCAUAUUCAACUAGUAUAUUGAACUCUCUAAGUUCUGGCCACCAUUAUGGGCACCCUUUUCUUUUUUAUAUACAUUUAAAAUAUCAUUAUAAAUAAAUGGAGAUAUAUCAUUGUUUUAUCUUUAGAAUAUUUUAAUGGAUAUCUAAAGUUAUUAAACAAAAAACUUGUCUUUUCAACUUGUAGGAAAUGAUUUGAAAGAAAAAAAAUAUGAUAUGUACAGUAUUAGUGGCACCCUUUCCUAAUAUUUUUUUGCGUACCCUUUAGCAGCAAUGAAAGCCUUUCAAACGUCCUAAUUACAUUGUAUGAACAGGAAUGGCAAAGACUUUGGAGAUAGCUUUAAACCCUUUACCAUUCUUGUGCUUAGAGAUAAUAGCGCUUUUGAUGCUGUCAGACAGCUUUCUUGUGUUCACCUUUCUGAAAAGGGAUCGUGGAAAGUAAAGUGGUCUUUUAAAGCUUUAAAUCCACCAUUCAUUGGUUAAUUCAAUUCAUUUGAACCCUCAUUUAUUCAUUCUAAUUUCUAAUUUAUCACAGGUGAGCCUAAUCUGAAAGGAAUUCAUUUAAAGGGUGCCAAUAAUUGUGUCACAUCCAUUUUUCAUUUUUUAUGCUUUUUCACUCUAUUGGUUUAGUUAGCUGUUGUGUAUUGAACAUGAGUUUACAACGAUGUUUCACUAUUUUUUAUUUUUAUUUUAGGAAGUGUUGUGCAUUAUAUACUUAAAAUUCAGAAAUGCCAAUAAUGGUGGCCAGAACUACACUCACCGGCCACUUUAUUAGGUACACCUUGCUAGUAAAGGGUUAGACCCCGUUUUGCCUUCAGAACUGCCUUAAAUCUUCAUGGCAUACUUUC